UCCUCCAUCUCCAUCCAUCAAAACUUCCCCACGGGCAAAACCCUAACCCCCCCUUCUCUUCCUCCGCCCCCUCCCCCCGCGACGGCUGCCCGCCUCCGGCGCCUCCUGCCUCCGCCGCGCCUGACGAGCGCUGUAUCCAAGCAGGACCGUGCAGGAGAACCGGUAGACAGGAGGGCCCGGCGAGAUGGGGAUGCGGGAUAAGAAGCGGAACCAGAAGCGGGUGCUCGCGCAGCGCACCGCGGCUCCCCGCCCCGGCGAGGGCAAGGACUUCCUGCCGCUGGAAGGAGGGCCCGGGAAGAGGCUGCGGAAGGUGCAGCAGCCCGAGGAGCCGGAGAACACCGCGACCGUAGUGUACAUUGGGCACAUCCCCCACGGCUUCUACGAGGAUCAGAUGCAAGGGUUCUUUAAGCAGUUUGGGGAUAUUAAGAGGCUUAGGAUUGCCCGGAACCGCAAGACAGGAAAGUCUAAGCACUAUGGAUUCAUCGAGUUUGAGAGCCCUUUGGUGGCGAAGGUUGUAGCUGAUGAGAUGAAUAACUAUCUCUUGUUUGAGCACACCUUGCGAGUUUCACUUGUUCCGCCAGAGAAAGUUCAUCCAAAAUUAUGGAGAGGGGUGCGACGGGGAUUCAUACCAAUUGAUCGAGUAGCAAUUGAACGGAAGAGACACAACAAGGAUAAAACUACAGAAGAACACAAAAAGAUGGUUGAAGGAAUUGUAAAGCGGGACGAAAAGCGUCGCAAAAGGAUCAAGGCUGCUGGUAUUGAUUAUGAGUGUCCAGCCCUUUUGGGGAGCAUCCAGCCUUCAGCGAAAAAGAUAAAGUUCGACGAGGAUCAGUAGCUUACUGCAGCUUUGAGGGGGGCCAUUAACUGUGCACUCGGGUUUUGAUGUUUUUAAUGAAUGGCACACCGACAGUGUUACGAGUAUGAAAAUGCAAUGAGAAUAUUUGUUUGCAAUGUAUGCUUAAUUUCUUAAUUUAACCUUAAAAGGUGUAGUUGGUCCUAA